AUGAAGGGGGGCGGGCUGCUUAUUCCACCAUGGUUCGAAUACCACGAGCCAAGUUGCUCUGACUGGGCCAUUGUCAGCAUCGCCUUUGGCAUGACUCUGUGUCUGGCAAUUUUUGGUCUCAUUCGCGUGGGCAUUCAAACUUAUCAUCAAUGGAAGCGCGCACAGAGAAUUACAACGUAUAUGGUCUUGAUAUGGCUUGAAUUGGUUUCCAGUGCUAUUAUUGGAGGUCUCGGCUGGGGUUAUGUUCGAGGGACUAUUCGCCCAGGCCAGACUUAUAUCGACAUCAACAACAUUUGGGACCGAAUCGAGAAAGGGAUUUUUGCGGUUAUUGACCUAGCUCUGAAUUUCUACUUUGUCUAUCUUGUCCGCUCGUCCCUCAUAUCGUACGGCCUAACCAAGUAUGUGGUGUUGUAUCGCUUCAACCUGGUGAUGGUCAUCGUCUCCAUCUCGAUGGACAUUCUGAUCAUUGGGUCAAUGUCACUACGGAAUACAUUUCUAUACGUCGAGUUUCACCCGCUUGCAUAUCUCGUCAAGCUUCAUAUCGAAUUGUCGAUGGCCGAGCUCAUUGCCAAGAUCGUCAAAGCCUCCGGGCCAAACCUCGCUCCUUGUCGCUGCACUUGCCAUGACAAUCCAAACCAUACAUUCCUCCAUCAACUACAAUCUCGGCAUAGUGCACCUGCAGUUCCCAGUGUGACUGCACCAACUACUGGAAGAUUCCGUCGCUCUUGGCCGAUGUCCAAAGCCACACGCAACAGGGAGAAGCGCCGCGGAGGAACCCGAUCACAAACUCCGUCUUUGACCAAGAACAUAGUUUCAAAGAAGCGGCAAAGUACCGAAGAAAAUCAGCCGAAACAGGAAGUCUGGAAAUCUGACACCAAUACCGGUACAGACUGCGCCUCGCACAACUUGCCGAGUUCUACAGGACAAUCGAACGAAAGUUCACACGAUCAUAAUGACUGA